GUCGGUGACGUUUAUCGCGGAAGUAAACAUAAAGAGGGGCAGAAAGGAUUUAAACUGCGUCACAAAGUUUCAGAGCCACUAAAGUUCUUGUUUCCAGUGUGUUCGGCUGUGAGUCUUCAGGUUGACACGAUGGCUGUGACGGUGAAAGCUUACCUGUUAGGUAAAGACGAGGCGGUGAAAGAAGUGCGCAGGUUCACCGUGGAUCAAGGUGUAUCCUCGAGCUUCGACUACCUGAGCAGCAAGACGGCUGAUGUGUUUACCUGCCUGAAAAACAACGGGUUCAACAUGUACUACAGAGAUGAAGAUGGAGACCUGGUGGCGUUUUCCUCCGAUGAUGAACUGAUGAUGGGUCUGGCCUGUAUGAAGGAUGCCACCUUCCGCCUCUUCAUCAAAGAGAAAAAGGAGCACCGGAGGGACUUUCCUCUACAUGCCUUUCCUCCUUUUGCCUUUGGCCAUCCUCCUCCUCCUCCUCCUCCUGGAGCUCAUCAGGCCCCACCGCCUCAUAUGGCCCCGCCUCCAGCCAUGCACCCUGACGUCACCUGUGACGGCUGUGAAGGUCCCGUGGUCGGAACUCGCUUCAAGUGUUCCGUUUGUCCUAACUACGACCUGUGCUCCGCCUGCCAGGCUCGUGGGACCCACACCGAGCACGCUCUGCUGCCGAUCUGGCACCCCAUGCAGUGGUUUCCUCGGGGUCGUUGGAUGAAGAAGAUGAGACACUGCAUGUGGAACCAAAACCUGAACGUGAACCCUCCCCAGAACCAGAACAAGAACCAGGACCAGGACCAGUCCUCCAGCCCACCAGGAUCCUCCAGACCUGCUGCUGAGGGCAACGCAGCCUCUGCAUCUCAGGCAAGCAUGGACUUCCUGAAGAACAUCGGUGAGGGUGUGGCUGCGAUGUUGAGCCCCUUGGGUAUCGAUGUGGAUAUCGACGUGGAGCACGAAGGCCAGAGGACCAAAGUUACUUCACCCCUCCAGACCGGAGAGGCCGAGAAAGACGUCGAGAAAGACGUCGAGAUGAGCGAUGGCCACAGUUACCUGCUCUUUCUCUCUGUGCAGGUGAGCAAAGACUCUGAUGAGGAGUGGACUCACCUGAGUUCCCGGGAGGUCGAUCCGUCUACAGGAGAGCUCCAGUCCCUGCAGAACCAGGAACAGAACAAGGACCCUGGGACACCGUCAGGUCCAACAGGUCUGAGGGAGGCGGCUCUGUACCCUCACCUGCCUCAAGAAGCGGACCCCCGUCUGGUUGAGUCUCUUGCUCUCAUGCUGUCGAUGGGUUUCACCGACGAAGGCGGCUGGCUGACACGUCUCCUUCAGGCCAAAAACUUCGACAUCGGCGCUGCACUCGACGCAAUCCAAUACGCCAAACAACCCCGUCCACAGCAGCCUUGAUGUCAUCAUGAUGUCACUACUGACAUUAUUACUCAACCUUGAUUUCUUGCUCAGUCAGAUAUUUAUUUAAUCUGACUUCAUAAUCAAUCAUUUAUUACUGUUGUUAAUCAGUUCUCUCUAACUAAUCAGUAUGUUUCCUUGAUUACUGUUUCUACUUCUUAUUUUUGUCAAAAUGUUUGUUCUGCUGAACCAUUAAAACAUCAACAAACUGAAAUGUGAUCUCUUCAAUAUAUCUGUUCAUGUAAAAACAGAACAAUAAACAGCUCAAUAAUAA